AUGUCUAGGUACGUCGAAGAUGUUAACAAGAAAGACAAAGCUAUCGGAAUCGAGGAAGAGGUGACUCGCAAGGACACCGAGGACUCGCUCCAGGUGGAGAUGAACGAUUACUUGGCAAAAUUCUUGGACAUGUCCAAUGAAGCCAAGGAAAAUGAAAAUAAAGAGAAGACGAUGCCUUUGGGCGAGGGGCUCAAAACGUUUCCCAAAGCUGCCGCUUGGUCGAUUGUUUUAUCGUCGGCUUUGAUUAUGGAAGGUUACGAUCUCAAUCUUAUUGCGUCUUUCUACGCAUUUCCUUCCUUUAAUAAAAAGUAUGGCCAUUACGAUGCCGGUUCCGACAGUUACCAGCUUGACACCAAAUGGCAAACCACCUUGAGUAUGUGUGCCAAUGUGGGAGAGAUCAUUGGAUUAUUUGCAGCCGGUAUAGUUGCCGACCGGAUUGGUUACAGAUGGACAUUAAUUGGGUCUUUGUUGUUGGUUAUUGGGUUGAUUUUCAUUGUUUUCUUUGCCCUGAGUAUCGGAAUGUUGGUCGCUGGAGAGUUAUUAUUGGGUCUUCCGUGGGGUGUAUUUCAAACCUUGACGGUUUCGUACGCUUGUGAGGUUUGUCCCUUGGUUCUUCGUGUGUAUUUGACAACUUAUGUCAAUGUGUGUUGGGUUUUCGGUCAAUUGAUUUCUGCUGGAGUGUUGAAGUCUUAUGUCGAUUCCACUGCUAACGAUUCUUACCGGAUUCCAUUUGCUAUCCAGUGGAUUUGGCCCGUUCCGAUCAUGAUUGGUAUCUUUUUGGCUCCAGAAUCUCCAUGGUGGCUUGUCAAAAAGGGCCGUCUUGACCAGGCCAAGCACUCUCUUCGCAGACUUAUCAGUGCCAACGAACAUCUUCCAGACACAGAUAUCUUGGCCGAGGCCAUGGUGAACAAAAUGCAAUUGACCGUCGAGAAAGAAUUUGCAAUCAGUGCCAGUGCUUCCUAUAUUGAAUGCUUCAGAGGAAGGGAUUUCCGCAGAACAAGAGUUGCUGCUCUCACUUGGGUGAUUCAAAAUAUCACCGGUUCAGCAUUGAUGGGUUACUCGACGUACUUUUACACGCAAGCAGGUCUUGCAACCAACAUGGCGUUCACAUUUACCAUCAUCCAGUCUGUUUUUGGAGUCAUUGGAACUUUUGGCUCGUGGUUCUUGGCUCGUGCCUUUGGCAGAUUUACCAUUUACUUUUACGGUUUGUGCACCCAAUGUGUGAUUUUGCUUAUUGUGGGUGGUCUUGGAUGUUCCAGCUCAUCAUCAGCAUCUUGGGGAGUGGGUGUCAUGUUGUGGGUCCUCACGUUUGUCUAUGAUUUGGGUGUGGGUCCUCUUUGUUACUGUAUUGUUGCGGAAAUUCCAUCGGUGAGAUUGAGAACUAAAACCGUCAUUAUUGCUAGAAACGCAUACAACAUUGCUGGUAUUAUCGUGGCUGUGAUCACUCCUCACAUGUUGAACCCCGAGUCGUGGAACUGGAAGGCCAAGACUGGAUUCUUCUGGGCUGGGUUUGCUUUAUGUUCGGCUGUAUGGUGUUGGUUCGAGUUACCUGAAACUAAGGGUAAGACUUUUGCUGAUUUGGACGCUUUGUUCGAGCACAAGAUUGGUGCUCGUAAGUUCAAGUCCACCGAAAUGGAAACUUUCAAUGUUGGAACUAUGAUGGAGGCACUUGGAGACGAAGGUAUUAAGGCAGCCGUUCAACACCACGAGGUGUUGGUGGACAGCAAUGCCACCACCACUCACCAUGAGAAGGUUUAG